AUGGACAAUUUUUUAACAGAAGUCAAGGACUUUGACCUCGCGCCAGACCGGGUUAACUUCAAAUUAAGGAAACACGAUACAUUUAGGCUAUCAACACCUUGGUGGGCUGCAAUAGCAGCAAAACUGCCAGGAAGAACAGACAAUGAUGUAAAGAAUCAUUGGAAAGCCCACAUUAAGAAAUACACAACCAUCAACUUGUACUCAAGAACUACACCAUCUGAAAAGUCGCAUAUAACCCGGCACAUGGCACAAUGGGAGAGUAUCAGAGUGGAGACUGAGGCUCGGUUAACAUAUGAGUCCCUCUGCUUCCCCUUAGGAUACCCUAGAUACAACUCUGAUCACUUCCUUUGUCUGUGGAACUCUGAAGUCGGAGAGUCCUUUCGGAAGAUGAUUACAAGGAAGGAGCAUUCAGGUAUGACAGGUCAAGUUUGGCAGCCUGUAAGCGUGAAGAAAGAGCAGCAGGAGAGCACAUACUCAGGGUCUGAUGAUUUAGGUGAUCCUUCAGAUAUAGCAAUGAACAUGUUGCUGGAUUCUCCAGUAAGCGAAUAAGCGAUUAGAACUGAUUAGUGCACUGAACUUUUACUAGCAGGCAUGAAUCGCAUGAUACACGAUCUUGCCAAAUUUUGUCAGGGAUUUUAAAGUUAGUAGCAAGGAUUAGAGAAAGACAGUGAUCUGAUUUUUGUGUAGUAGAACUUCGUUCAGUGCUGGUUAGUUUGAAAAUAAACAUUAGAUCAUUUUGUAUAU